UCUAGCCAGCUCGAAGUGCCACGACUUCACAGCAGACCACGGAUUCUCCAGCGGAGUGAGGGGGAGAGCACUGGGAAAAAAAGCUAGUUAGCUGGAAAAUAGGUAGCUUUGCGCAGAAGUCACCUCAUAUAACUUACAACUCUAAGCUUUUUGCCUUCUCUCCAUUUUCUUUGAAGCAAGCAGACGUAGCUACAUCUCCAGUGAGGUUAACUGAAAUUAAACAAUGGAUAUCUACGACCCCCAGACCCUUGGGAUAGUGGUGUUUGGUGGAUUCAUGGUGAUCUCUGCUUUAGGGAUUGCUCUUGUCUCCACCUUCUCCAUGAAGGAGACCUCUUAUGAGGAGGCCCUGGCUAAACAACGCAGAGAGUUGGGUAAUAUACAGUCUGCUCGCUCUGAGAAAAAGAAGAAGGACAAAGUAUCUGAGAAGAAGAGCCGUGGAAAGAAGAAAGAAGAAAAGCCCAAUGGAAAGAUCCCAGAGCCUGAGAGAAUUCAAGAGGAAGCUGAAGCUGAUGACAUAGUCAUUGAGCCUGUUGCUGCCCCAGUUGUAGCUGCUCCUCCUGCUCCUGAGCCUGUUCCUGCUUUUGAGGUUAAACCAACUGCAGCGUCAGCAGACAGCCAGCCCAAGACUGCUGCUGAACCAAGCUCUGCUCUUGCUGAGCCCUCGCCUAAAGAGAAGAAGAAGAAGAAAGUGGCUAAGGUCGAGCCAGCCUCUACCCAAUCGGCUCCACUUGUGGCUGCCCCUGCCCCAGUCAAGUCCUCUGCAGUCCCUGUAUCAACCCAGGCCCCUGUGUCUGCAUCUGCCCCAGCCAAGACUGCCACUGCAUCAACUAAGUCUGCCCCUACCCCUGCAUUAGUUAAGUCUGCUCCUGCUUCAGCCAAGUCUGCCCCUUCCCCUGCUCCUGCUUCAGCCAAGUCUGCCCCUUCCCCUGCUCCUGCUUCAGCCAAGUCUGCCCCUUCCCUGCUCCUGCUUCCCAAGUCUGCCCAUUCCCCUGCUCCUGCUUCAGCCAAGUCUGCCCCUUCCCCUGCUCCUGCGUCAGCCAAGUCUGCCCAUUCCCCUGCUCCUGCUUCAGCCAAGUCUGCCCCUUCCCCUGCUCCUGCGUCAGCCAAGUCUGCCCAUUCCCCUGCUCCUGCUUCAGCCAAGUCUGCCCCUUCCCCUGCUCCUGCGUCAGCCAAGUCUGCCCCUGCAUCAGCCAAACCUGCCAAGUCUGCUUCAGUCCCAGCCAAGUCUUCACCGGCUCCAUCCAAGACUGCCCCAGUGCUGGAGGCUGUCACUAAAGACGUUCCAGUGAUGGCAGUGCCCCCAGUGGGAUCUCAGCAGGCUCCUGCUGUUGCAGGAAAAGCACAGGAGCCCAAGAAGAAGGCCUCCAAGAAAAAGACUGAACCUGUGGUAGCUGUGGAUUCUGCUGAUGCGCCGCUGUACCUGCCCUACAAGGCUCUGGUGUCCACCAUCAGUAGCAUGGUAUUCAGUGAGGGAGAGGCUCAUAGGCUUAUCGAGAUCCUGUCUGAGAAAGUCGGCAUCAUUCAGGACACCUGGCACAUGGCUUCUCAGAAAGGAGACCCAGUGGCCAUACUAAAGAAACAGCUGGAGGAGAGGGAGAAACAGCUGGCAGCAGAACAAGAGGACGCUUCUGCAGCGAAGAACCGUCUCAGAGAACUCACCAAGGAGCUAUCUGCUGAGAAGUCCAAGGUGGCCAGUGUGGAGACCAGGCUGAGUUCCCAACUGAGUAAGAGGGAGCAAGAAAUGAUUGCUCUGCAAGCUCGCAUGCAGGCCAGUUACCAGGACCAUGUAGCCCAGACCCAGGGGCUCAAUGCAAAGAUCCUCAGCCUGCAGGACCAGCUGGAAAAAGGCCCCAAUGCCCAGCUGGCCUGUCUACAGCAGGAGAACUCCAUUCUCCGCGACGCCCUCAACCAAGCCACUAGUCAGGCUGAGAGCAAACAAAAUGCUGAGCUGGCCAAAGUGCGUCAGGAAUGCGCAAAGUUAACCAAGGAACUUGGAGAGAAGACAGAAAGUCUGCUUGCUGAUGAGCACAUCAGGAAAGGGCUGGAGGCCAAGGUCUCCGCUACUGAGAAGCAGCUCUCCCUGCUGCAGGCCAGCCAUGCGGAGAGCGAGCGGGAGUUACAGAGGAGAUUGGAGGAGGUGUGCGAGGAGCUCAGAACAACACAGAGUAGAAACAGCAGCCUGCAGGCCACUUUGGACAAUGCCCUGCAGGACAGCAGUGCACUCUCAGAGUUUCAGGUACGUAUUGGGAGUUUGGAGGCUAAGAUCAGUGAGCACUCUGCUCAGGUGGAUGCCCUCACUGCCCAGCUGGAGGAGACACAGGCAGAGAAAAGCCAGCUUAUACAGCAGGUGGCCUCCAUCAACUCACUGCUGGAGGCCAGUCAGACCAAAAAGGAGGAGGAUAACAGUCAGGUGAACGCUGCAGAACUGGAACAGCUAAAGCUCAGCCUCCAAGAGAGAGACAACCAGUUGAGCACACUUCACGAUGAACUGAAGCAACUGCAGAUGAAGCAGGAAGCUGCUGAGAACACUAUUGUUGAGCUAGAGCAAAGAAAUAAGAGUGAGGAUGCCAGCCUCAUCACAUCACUUCAGGAUGAACUUAAAAACCUCAAAGAACAGAUGGUGCAACUUAACAACACACCACAGUCAGAUAGCUCUGCAGAGCUUGGACUACUACAGAACAGCCUGACUGAAAAGGAUGCCCUUGUCUCCUCACUACAAGAGGAGCUGAGAGAAGUGAGAGAAAAGAUGACCUUUGAUGCACAGAGCGUUAUGGCAGAACUGACAGCUUUUCAAACUGGCACCAAAGAAACUCUAAAGACACUCUUCCCACAGAUACCUGUAGAGACUGAGCAGUCCAACUGGUUACAAGUAUUUACGCAGAAAGCUCAGGAGGCUCUCAGCCAGCAGAGCCAAGAGUCUCAGUCAAGCACAGCGUUGCCUGAGUUGCUCGAGAAACUGAAGGAGGCUGAGGAGAGCCAUGGUUCACUGCAGGCUGAAUGUGAACAGUACAGGACAGUCCUGGCUGAAACAGAAGGAAUGCUGAAACAUCUGCAGAAGAGUGUGGAGGAAGAAGAGCUGGUAUGGAAGUCCAAGAUGGCUAACUCAGAGGAACAGCUGAGGGAGGCUUUGGAGAAGGCCAACAAGCUGGAAGCAGAAAAGAAAAGUGUAGAACAGUUGAAGGAGCAGAUGAUGCUUCUGGAAGCCCAGCUGGAGAAGCAGUCAGACAACCAGGGGACCUCAGAGGAGAUGGAGCAGCUGAAGCUGCAGCUGUCAGAGUGUCGGAGCCAGCUGGACGUGGCCCAGAAGGAGGCCCAGGCACACAAGGAGGAGCUAGCACAGGUCAGAGAGCAGCUGGGCGAGAUCACGAUGGGGGUUCAGCGAGAACAGAAUGGCCCAGCUGAGGCUCAACCCAGUCAGGUCCAGAACGAGUUGAGUCAGACAACUGAGAAGCUGCAUGGGGAGGUGGCUCAAAGACAGCAGCUCUUGGAUGAGUGCGAGCAGGCUCAAAAGACUAUAACAGAACUUCAGGCUCAGCUGGAUUUUCUGAAGGUUUCUGCAGAGUCACCACAAGCUGAAGAAAAUGUUGCUCAGCUCAAGGAGCGCCUGGAGAAGGAGAAGAAGCUGUCCAAAGACCUGGGCCAGGCAGCCACCAAGCUCCAGCAGCUUCUCAAAGCCACUCAGGAGCAGCUGACCAAAGAGAGAGACACAGUGAGAACACUACAGGAGCACCUGGAAGGCAAGGGAGAAUACGUGGAGCUGAAGGAAGGAACGUCCGUCUGAGAAGACGAACUGCAGACACUACAAAAAACUGCCAAAUAUGCCUUAUGAUUACCAUAGUUAUGCAUUCCAAAACUAUUUCUUUCUUGUACUGUAGUUGAUUGCAUUUGUUGCAACUGUAGGAAACAAAUGUUUAAUAUUAUGAACAUUUCAAAGUAAGAUUAGAGGAGAUAAUCCUGCUACAAUCUUUAUUGAAACCCACAUUCCAUCAACAAUUCUGGCUAUGUCAGAAGUUAUUUAUCCCCCUGCCUUAUAUUCCAAAUAUUUCCCCAUAGUUCAGUGUUAAAAAGGGAAACCGAAUGUACGUCAGACGUACAUCAACCUGUGCAAUUACUUUGUAUGUCUUUUCUAUGUGGUUGAAUGAUGGGAACAUUUUAUGGUUCAAUGUUUAAUUACGUUUAGGGCCUGCUUUCCUCUGUAGUUGGCUGCCAAUAACACAUUGAAUUUGUAUGAGUGAAUAAACUACAGUGUAGCUCUGUAA